AUGGACACAAAUUCUAAAGCCAGUGUUCUCAGUGAAAACAAAAAAUUUAAGGCAAGGUUUAUUCAUAACCAUGGUCAGAAGCCCUCUUUUAUUCAAAUUACUCCUCCGAUGAUAUCUAGUGUUCUCUUUCACGCAUAUCCACUAUUGAUAAUAAUUGAUAAUGCACUUGCCAAUAUAAUGUGGUUAUCUGACGAUAAAUGUUUGCCAUUUAUAUACUUGACGAGCAUAUGGCUAAUCAUAAGUUCGUUCAUCCCGACCGAAAUAAAUGCUAGUCAAGUUUCACCGUUUAAUAAACUCUUGAGUUUAUGGUUAGGUUUUAUAAGUGGAAUCUUCCUGUUUCUGUCAUUCAUGUAUUAUGUUAUUUCAUUGGUGACUUCUUUAAAAGAAGCAGAACCUCCUACAUUGGAUGAAAUCGUUGUGUUACUAGAGUCUGUACUGGGCAAACUAGAAGUACUAAGAGAUGAGCUGAACGUUUGGAAGAAACUAAAAACUUCAUUUAAUGGCGUCAAUAAAAAGUGCUCUGAUAAGAGGCUGUUUUUGAGGUUAUUCCUAUUUGGUACAAUCUUUCAAACUAUCAUCAUAAGAUACAUAUCGGUGGGGGCUUAUGUUAGAUUUUUUAUUAUCAGUGCUCUGGUAUACCAUUCCACUAGCUUUCAAGCUACUUUAAGGCUAUUCUGGAGAUUUACCCUAGUUCGAAAUUUCUAUCACAUGGGAAUUAAGAAUUUUAAAAUCUCAAACUGGUUAUCAAAUUGUUUGAGGAUGUAUCAAAUCAUCAUUUUAACUGAAAACUCUUCUAUUAUAGUACCUUUGGAAGAAUUUUUGCCGAUACUACUACAAAACAAGAAAGAUGAGGAUCACAUUAAAAUUUUACAACUACUAAAUGAACAAAAGAACUUUGAAGACCGUGGGCUCAAAAUAUUAGAAAUUGAAGUACACGAAAACCAAAGGAAAUGGCGUCGAAAUAAACAUUGGAGUACAUUAUUACUGCCCUAUGAAAGACAAAACUUUUCAAUAGAAAUCAAAAAUGCUGAUGGGUCAUCAACUAUGAGAAGCUGUCUAUCAACGCAUGACCUUGACAAAGAGGAACUGCCCAAUGAUUGGCAUUGGAUUAAUAAUGACUGGGAUGGGGCCGAUUGGGUAUACUCGGAUUCAUCUUGGAAAGAAACUGGAAGAUACGAUUCUUUGGAAAGUUUCACGAGGUCAAGGAGAUGGAGAAGACGCCUCUUUCAUUUGUAA